GUACAUGUUUUUGUUUUAAGGAAAAAACAAGCAAAAGGCUCCUUAUGAGGUUGGUAAAAUGGACAAGCACAUUGUUCGUGGUGACGAGGUUGGGAAUGAUGAUGACUCAUUGGAUGACAACCAUGCUGAGAGUGGCUGAAAACGCGCAGAAAACAGCACCUACUGCAGCCCAGGCUAGCACGUCGACAUGUCGAUGCCUACCCAUCACGGCUCCCUUGAAGCCACCUCUACCUCAUCGCCCAGUCACCCGUCUCUUCCAAGCAGCCCACAACAGGAAUAGGGGUGGUAAAAUGGGCGCCCUUGUGACUGAUAGCUCAACCUACAAAGCAGGCCAGCAACGGACCAAACGUGAAGGUCCUAAUAUCCAACGGGGGAUAAAACGGCGCUCUUGUGAACAAUCGUAA